AGAAAGCGCAGAAGGUCGCUUUCCGCGCUACGGAUAUGUAUCGUUUCAAAUAUGUAAUCGUCGCGACGUUUUGGUGGAUCAUCGCAACCACCGGGAAUAUCGUUCAGAACGAAGACAUUUGUGAAUCCCACAAUGGCAGACGUCUAUACUUGGAAUUAGGCGAGAAGGGCAUCCUCUACGCGAAGAACGUCAGCUUUAUCAAGAAUUCGCCAAGGCAACUGGCACCGCGUCUUUACUCCACCACCAUCACCAACGGCUCCCAUCAUCAGUGCAGCCUCGAACUGGUGACCUGUCCAUCUUGCGUAAUAAUUGUCACUUUUAAAAAUAUUGCCUUGUCGCAUCAUUGCGGCGACGGGGUCAUCGUGAUGGACAGUCCCUGCAGGUGUGACUAUGUGUGGCUCUCGGAACCACCUUAUGAGGAUGUUUCCGGCACGCCGUUCUGCGGAUCAUACACGCCGGUGACAUAUAGAUCGAGCACAAGAACCCUGUCUAUAAAUCUAUUUUAUAGCCAGUCCCAUAAGCAUGCAUUUACUAUCGAAUACACGGCAGAAAGAAAUAGAUUGCAUUUGAAAGGCACGGAAAUGACAUCGGGAGCGCCAACAAAGGGUUUGAAUGGCACCACCGGCAAUGGUAUUUUGACCUCGCCGUUUUUUCCAGCUCGAUAUCCUCGUGACUUGGGUCUGGAAUAUGUGAUAACGUGUCCCACCCAAGCUCCCUCCUGUCGUAUCAGGUUGCUAUUUAGCGACUUCCAAUUAGCGACGGUCUCCAUUAUGGAGUUUUACGAUUGGAAUGGACAACGUCUGGACGUGAGCAGCGGCGCCCGAUUUCGGCCGCCGAUCAUAGUGAGUUCCGGCCCGUCGUUGCUGGUAAGAUUUUAUGCGAAUGGCGGCACCGGUCUGGGUUACAAGGCAUUUUACUCCUUUGUGAUCGGCCAUACAUACGAUAAAUCCAUACAACCGAUCACUGAUUGCGGUGGAUAUGUGGAGAAUCUGGGCGGCGCUAUUACAAUGAUGAACAUGGUCGGCCAAGGUGUGAAAAUUUACGAUUGCGUCUGGUUAAUUAGACCACCCAAGAACUUCCUGCACAUGAAGACACACAUGUAUCUGAAGGUAGUGGCUUUUGCUGACAUGGCCGGCAAUACGGAAUUGAUCAUCAAAGAAGGUCCGACUUCAGCUUUAAUGUCGCUGGAAGUAAUCCGACAUCCAUCGAGUCAAUCGCAGUCUUUCAGACAUCGGGAACAUAUUGCGCCGGUCACGAGCGGAUUCCACGUGAGUCUUCGUGGUACAUUCGGUCCAAAUUCGCAUUUGGCGAUCGCUUACGCGGCCUUCAGCUACAUAAAUUGCUUUGCGGAUACAGAUUUUCUAUGCCAAAAUCACAGAUGCAUCCCGAAUCAGUUGAAUUGUGACGGUUUCGAUCAUUGUGGCGAUAAUAGUGACGAGCCAGCAACGUGUUUCCAAAAUUGGGAGAUGGAGCCGCGCGAGCGGAAAUGGCACAUGAACAAAGCAAAUUAUUACUUUCCGAAGAUCGAACAAUAUCCCGAUCUGAAAACGGCCACUCUGGUGUUCGUCGCCAGCAGUCUCGGCCUGAUUACUCUGAUAACAACCCUCAUUAUACUAUUAUACAGAAUAGGAGGGGCGAGACAACGAAGAGAACUGCAGUCUCGUCUAGAGACAAUCAGCGAACUUUUAGUUUUUGAUAUUACAGACGGUGCACGGAUCGAUGAAAUAUCCAUGCCGGAUGAUCCACCCGGUUACGAGGCUCCGCCAGGCUACGAAGAGGUUGCGAAACUCGCCUUGUCGAAAAAGUCUCGAUGUUUGAAUUGCGAAACAUAUAAUAGAAGCUCUACAAACCAGUUCGACGAGGACGCGAAUUCCUCUACUUACUUGAUAAUGGAAGGCACGAACAACAGUUGUAGCAGGCAAACAACCCACGUAGCAUCAGAGAACGAUCGAUUACCUGAUGCGCUACCUGAGAGUCCACCACCGCCGUACAUCACACCCCCGGGAACUAUACUGCGAAACAUGAAUUUAGCUGGUUUAUCGGCAUCGAUGAAACAGUUGUGUCCUAUUCGUCGCAAUUGGCUCCGACGCAGUGCGCAAUAUCCUCAAUCCUCUUCCAACGAUCGUUUAUCUUCGUCCACGGACGCUGAAACUUUUGAUACGUAUCUGACAGAUUGUAUCGUUCCGGAUACGAAUUGUCAACUCGAGAGUCCCCCAAAGGAGGAUCAGAUUGUUUCAGAAACAGUUCAAGAAAAUACUGUAGAAUUAAAAGCGAAUAAUCAACAUGUUAGAGAAGAAAAUCACGAUGAAACUAGCGAUAGAGCUGUUGACAGAUCGGACGAGAGAAACGCGAGCUGCUCUUGCGAGGGCGCGUGUGGCUGCGUCAUCGACUGUUCUAAUGUUCAAGAUCAUUCCACCAGCAAUAUAUCAAUCUCUACAGCACCGAUAAGCGAUGAUUGCGAACUGGAAUGCAAUCAAAUAGUGACCGCCUCUUCUUCCGCGGGGAAAAUCGAUGAUCAUCAAGAGGAAGAUUUUUCUGUCUCGAAAAGCACCGUCGUUCGACUCUUGGGUUCUAAGUUAAUGAAACCACUUUAUACUCAUAGCGCCAACUCCACGGCAGCAUCAUCGCCUUGCGGUACUUUGCAUCACUCUUGCAGAAGGUUCUCUCGUGACAGCUGUAUCACUAAGAUCUCGACCAUCAGCCCGUGCAGCAGUUACGAUAAACUGCAGGACGAUUUCGAGAUCGUGUCAGAGGUAGCAAGCAGCCUCGGUGGCACCACUAAUUCCAGCACGAUGGCAAACACGCCGAGCGGCACGCCAAAGAGCGUUAUCAGCCAGCGAUCUCGACGAUCAGGCAACAGACACAUCAGCUGUGAUCUUGACAGCCUCUACGAAAGCAUCAAGAUUCUCGAUUCGUAUCUCGCGCGCAGAAACAUAAACGUUAGCCACGGUCACAGACAAUCGGUCGCCGUGAUGCUGUUCGGCACUCCGGAACACGGUCCUACGCGUCAUUCAGUUGCGACGUCGCGUCAAACAAGAGAGAGACGUGUGCGUACACGCAUCUGGCGAUCUAAUGAGGAUGCUUCAUCCAAUUAAUUUGUUCUUGAUCGAGAGCAAAAAAGACAGAAAUUCUUAAUUAAUUUUUUGGCGACCAGGAGAAUAAUAAUUGAAAAUAAUAGAAUAUAGUCCUGUAAAUCGGAGAUAUACAUAUAGGAGUUUGAUUUAAAAAUCAAGGAAAAAAGAAGGUAAGAAAUACAUAUAUUAACUUUAUGAUUUAUUAUCAUACAAACUUUUUCUCUGUCUAUGAUUGACAGCGAUUGAAAACAAAUCUAAUUUUUUCCCAGUUUUAAUUAAAUUAAGUAAUUACAUUACAUUAAAUAGAUUAAUCAAAGAUUAAAAAGAUUAAAUGGUUAAAUUAUUGAAAAGGAUGAAAAAUUCUCCAAGUAAUAAUCGAGGAGAGAAAGGGAGAUACUGUGUAGGAUAAAUUUUUCUAAUAAAAUUGCGAUUAUCCAAUCUCGUAUUAUAUUCGAGAUUGAAUUCUAUAAAAGUACUUUUAGAAGAGAGGGACAGUACAAAAUAUGCUUCAAAUAAUGUAAUGUUUAAUAAUAAUUUAAUGAUUUAUAUUUUGUGAAAAACAAUCUAUUCUCAUAUACGCAAAUCUCUGUAUAGACGGUUCCCGAAUUAACAAUUCCAUCUGUAAAAUCAUUAAUGAUUAAAUUUGCGUUAGUCUUUGACACUACCUCUUCUAAGGAUCUGAGGAUUUAUGUUCGAAGAAUAUGAUGCUAAAUGUUUUUGGCAAUUAAAUUAUAUUUCUUUAACCUACGGAAAAUUCGUUUAAAUCUGGCUUGGCUGAUUUUCGGAGAUCAAUUAGUCUCCAUCCCAAUCUUAUAGGGAGUACUCAUUAAUUACAUUAUCUUCUAAUUAUUAAAUCUUACAUCUUCGCAUUACCUAGAAUAAAGCGUACAUAAUGUCGUAGUAAAAUA